AGUGUUGUUCUUGAAAUAAGAGAUCACUAGUAAUAAUAUGGAAGGUGCCAUUGUUUUGUAUCCCUGUCCUGGAAGUGGUCACCUAGUCUCCAUGGUUGAGCUAGGCAAACUCAUACUUUCCAACCAUUCAUCUUUUUCAAUCUCCGUUAUUAUCCCCACUGCACCGUUCGAAGCCGCCGCAACUCAUGACUAUAUAGCAGCUGUCUCCGCUGCCAUACCCUCCAUCACAUUCUACCAUCUCCCACCCGUCUCUCUCCCUCAAAAUGCUUACUAUACUGCAAAGGAGUUCCCCGCCGUACUUUACCAACUUUGUCAACUCAACAACCCUAAUCUCCAUGAAACCCUUCUGGCAAUUUCCAGUCGCUCAAAAAUCAAAGCCUUUGUUAUUGAUCUCUUUUGCAACGAAUCGUUGCAAGUUUCAUCAAAUCUCAAUAUCCCAACCUACUAUUACUUUACCUCUGGGGCAAACUGCUUGUCUUAUAUUAUUUACUUCCCUAAGAUUCAUAGAGGCUUAACCAAGAACUUGAAAGAUCUAGAGGACAUGAAAAUAAAUGUCCCUGGUUCGCCGUCCGUUCGAGCAAAAGACAUGCCAGAACCUCUGCUUGAUCGUGCGAAGUAUGUGUAUCAGUGCUUUGUGGACAGUGCCCUCGACAUGACAAAAUCAUCAGGCAUUAUCGUAAACUCGUUUGAAUUGCUUGAAGAAAGGGCUUGUAGGGCACUGGCGAAUGGAGAAUGCGCACCAGGCGACUCCAUGCCACCUGUGUAUUUCAUAGGCCCAGUAGUGAGUGAAAAGGAGAAAGAUAGUGAACAAAUACACGAGUGCCUGAGUUGGCUAGACUCUCAACCGAGUCAAAGCUUACUGUUUUUAUGCUUUGGAAGCUUGGGAGUGUUUUAUACAGAGCAGUUAAAAGAAAUUGCAAUUGGCUUAGAGAGAAGUGGAGUCAGAUUUUUGUGGGUGGUGCGUACUCCACCACCAAACGAUGAAACAGUCCGAAAGUUAGCAGAAACUGACCCAAGCAUUGAAUCAUUCCUACCAGAGGGGUUUUCGGAGAGGACAAAGGAUAGAGGAUACUUAGUGAAAUCAUGGGCACCACAGAAGGCUAUACUGAGUCACGACUCAAUGGGAGGGUUCGUCACUCACUGUGGCUGGAACUCAAUUCUGGAAGCAGUGUGUGCCGGGGUACCAAUGUUGGCUUGGCCUCUGUAUGCAGAGCAAAAGAUGAAUAAAACUUUCUUGGUGGAGGAAAUGAAGAUUGCUUUGCCAGUGGACGCAUCAGACGAGGGGCUGGUGAGUGCAAUCGAGUUAGAGAAACGAGUGAGUGAGUUGAUGGGGUCGGAUAAGGGAAAAGCGGUGAGAGAGCGGGUGAAAGCAAUGAAAGAAGGAGCUGCAGCGGCUGCGAGGGAGGGUGGAUCAUCUCGUGUUGCCUUAGCCAAAUUGGCCGAGUCAUUUGGCGGUGUACCCACUUGAGAUGAGUUCCAUUUUAAUGGUGAAAAUACCAUCGAUAUGAUGGAAAGAAAUUAAAUAAAGGGAUCUUUUAGUGCCAUUUUCGUGAAUAGAUCCUAUUAAUACUCGUGGUUGAAUAAAGUUUGUGUACGUAAAUAAAGAAGUUCUUCUGAUGUGCUUAGAGGCCAUGAAAACAAGUAGUGUGGACAAUGAAUCCUCAUGUUAUGAUUUCUAUCAAACUGAUUGCCCUGAAGUACAUUUAAGUUGGCCGCAGAUACUCUUGAGCAACAGAGUUCCAUUUGGUCCUGGGUGAAGGUGGCCGUUUCUACUUCUGGUGUCUGCCUUGGAUCUAUUGUUGAAUCCUCUUGCCGUCUGGUCUUUGUGUCAUGCUUCAGGCUUCCUGUGGUAUGAUCCAGUUGCUGUGGAUCCUGUUUUCUACUGCUCUGGUGGCGCCAUUGUGAAUUACCUGUUGAAAAUUCCUUUAAGCGCAUAGUGUAGCUUCUGUUUAUGAGUGCUCCAGUCUGGUUGUUGAGCUCUGUAUGCAGGGUGCGUGCUGUUUCUUAGUUAUAUGUCUGUUGUCUGGAUCGUUUGGAUUAAAGGGACUUAUCCUUUAGAAACUUAGGCUUGUGAUUUGAUUGGGUGUUUCCUUGUAUGCUGUAGUUUUGCUAUUCUUCCAUUUGCAAGGAUGAGCUUAGGCUGUUUGGCCUUCCAGCUUGUUUUCUCAGUGCAAUCUAUAUAUUUAAUUAAAAUAAAAAGUACAAUUAAAUAGAA